GGAAACAUGUCCGCCCCAAGCGAGGCAUUUAACGCACAUCCGCACAUGUCUGAUAGGCUUCGGAAAAAUCACGAGGGAAAAAAAAGACCACGCUCCACGCCGAGGAGAUCUCCUUCGCAGCGUACCCCAUUGACUGAAUGUCACCGGAGAAAUCGUCAACGAUAUCUCAUGUGAGACAGCAGACCGUCAAGCACCCCCACGAAGGAUUCCGCGGUGACUUGCUAUGUCCAGCGCGGCCGCCGUUGUCCUUUCGUGGCACGUCACAGCGAGCCAACGACCACACCCUCAGUCGGGCCUACCAAAAGUCCAGGGCCACGUGGUGUGGAUCCUUAUUCCAUUUCGCCUCACCGAGGCUUUUCAGGGAAGCCCGGCCGGGCGCCUGCUCGCCUGA